AUGUCCAAAAUCACCAUCGACACCACCCCCCUCCACGCCUUCCACCCCACCACCCUCCUCUCGCACCCCCUCCCCACCCCCACAAUCCACCUCCUCGACACCUUCUUCUCAACCGUCGACUCCCUCCCCACGCACCCCGAAAACUCCCAAACCUUCACCAAAAUCUUCACCCCCACCGGAACCUGGAAAACGCCCUCGGCCGCCUUCGUCGGCCACGCCGCCCUCGCCACGUCCGGCACGGAUUGGGAAUUCUUACGCACGCUCAAGUUCUUCCGGCAUUAUGUGGAUAAGGUGUAUGCGCUGGAUGAGUCGGGGAGGGAUUUGAUGGUGCAUGGGAGGAUUGAGGCGGAGACGGUGGAGGGGGAGAAGGGGGAAGUGGUGUAUGGGGCGAAGGUGGAUGUUGAGGGGGAGGGGAUGAGGUUGGGGUUCUUUCAGGGGUGGAGUUCGAGGGUGUGA